UCAAUGUCGUUUUGUGAGGCUCUGAUUUCAUUGCAGACAAAUGGCCUUUUCUCUCCUCGAAUGCCACAAAUGGCACAAAAAGACUAUUCUCCAGUUCUCCACUAAAACCCCCCGAUAAAACACUAGCUAUCUUUUUGGAUAGCAGUCUUAUCUCGAUUUGUCCCAUGUACAGUUCUCAGCUGUGCAGUUCCUCAUAAUCCCUUUCAAAUUCCUGGAAUUCAAUUUCCCAAAGAAAGCUUUUGUUUAUUAAUUCACCAUUUUUUCUGUUUCUCUCUGAGUUUAUCCUCAUCCUCCUUACUCUAAUUUUUUUUUUUUUUUGUUGUUGGAUUUUUUAAAAUUUUAAAUAAAUUCCUAUCAUUUGAGAUCAUUGUUCUUCAGAUGGGUAUACUGUGAAUUUGGAUUUCUAGGAAGUAUCAUCUGGGAAGAAGUAUAGGCACGCUGUAGAUUCUCUGUUUCUGCUAUUCUGUUUUUCUACUAUUAUAUUUGUAGUUAAUUGGAAAGAUUUGAAAAUUAAGUGCAAUUCUAGGAGAUGCGGAGCUCGAUUAUUUAAAUUGUUUAUACAUAUCUUGUAAUUCCCUGCAAAUAAUUGAUUAAUACUACAAGUCCGUCUGACGGAUAGAGAGAGAGAGCAAUUGUGGGUAUUUAUAAAUUCAUCUUUUUUGCUAAAAGGGAAAAAAAAGGUUGCUGUUCGAUUUAUUAUUAUUAAUUGUUUUUUAUUCGUUCUUGGUAGAAAAAUCAUUUUGAUUUUGGUUCUCGUUUCCAUUAAUUAUUUUUUUUUCACUCUUUUUGGGCAACGAUCCAAGUGAAGAGAGACAAAAGCAAAGUAACGAACACAACAUUAAAGCAAAGGAAAAGGUAAAAAAAAAAAAAAAUUACGUACACAAACAAAUAGGCUUUUUGGCUCUUUCUGCUUGAGUAGUUUACAAGGAGAAAUGAGGCGUGCUUCUUGCCAACUAAUCUUAUACCUUAAUGGGAAUUGUACAAAAUAGUCUUCUUCUUGGUGGGGCUCGUUGAGACGUGCUAAACACAUCUUGUAAACCUUAAAAAGCGAAAUCCAUCGCUCUCUUCACCACUUUUUAUAAAAAGAUUUCAAAUUUGGGUGACUAAAUCCUUUUAGUUGGUGGGUUUAGGAGAAUUGGGUUGAAAUAGAGCUUAUCUAUAAAACUUGUGAGAGAUUUUUGUGUUGAAGGAAAAGGUGAGAUGGGCUCCUAUGGACGGCUUGCAAGGAGGGUUUUGGAGACUGAGAUGCCAGUCAUGGUUCAGAUACAGGAAUUGAUCCGAGGAGACAAAAAUGUCGUGUCUUUGGCCCAGGGGGUCGUUUAUUGGCAACCACCUGAAGAGGCAGUAGAAAAGUUGCAACAACGUUUGUGGGAUCCUUUAAUCAGUCGUUAUGGUGCUGAUGAGGGUAUUCCUGAACUGAGGGAGGCAUUGACACAGAAGUUGCGAAAUGAAAAUAAAUUGGUGAACUCUUCAGUUAUGGUUACUGCAGGUGCAAAUCAGGCGUUUGUGAAUCUCGUUCUUACACUGUGUGAUGCUGGGGAUUCUGUAGUUAUGUUUGCUCCAUACUAUUUCAAUGCCUACAUGUCCUUCCAGAUGACAGGUGUAACUAAUAUUUUAGUGGGCCCUGGUAAUCCGAAGACGCUUCAUCCAGAUGCAGAUUGGUUGGAGAGGACAUUAUUGAAAACUAGACCAGUUCCGAAGGUUGUGACUGUUGUUAACCCUGGUAAUCCUAGUGGGACAUACAUUCCAGAGCCCCUCCUUAAGAGGAUCUCUGAUCUAUGCAGAGAAGCUGGAUCCUGGCUUAUUGUAGACAAUACGUAUGAAUAUUUCAUGUAUGACGGUCUAAAACAUUCCUGUGUAGAAGGUGACCAUGUUGUCAACAUUUUUUCCUUCUCAAAAGCCUAUGGGAUGAUGGGAUGGCGAGUUGGAUAUAUUGCAUAUCCAUCAGGAGUGGAGGGUGUUGGAACUCAACUCCUCAAAGUUCAGGAUAAUAUACCAAUCUGUGCUUCAUUAAUUUCACAGUACCUUGCGCUCUACUCCUUGGAAGUCGGACCCGAGUGGGUGAGUGAACGAGUGAAAGAUCUAGUCAAGAACAGAGAAAUCCUUUUGAAAGCUCUCUCCCCAUUAGGCGAAGGUGCUGUGAAAGGUGGAGAAGGCGCACUUUACCUAUGGGCUAAACUUCCUGACAAAUAUCUUGAUGAUACUAAAGUAGUUCGCUGGCUCGCUACGAGGCAUGGGGUGGUUGUGAUUCCAGGAGAUGCUUGUGGAUGUCCGGGGCAUCUUAGGAUCUCUUUUGGGGGCUUGAUUGAGGCUGAUUGUAAAGCUGCUGCAGAGAGGCUGAAGAAAGGUUUGGAAGAACUACUGAACCAUGGAAUGGUGGAGACCGAGUGAUUGUUUUACAACCACUGGAUGCUGAACUGGGUAUCUAUUGCCAGUUUGUUCAAAUUUACGACUGGCGCAGUGCAUUUGAAUAAUCGGAGGAUUAUCUACCUGGCGAAUGAAUUAUCUAAAAAUAGAACAAUUGUUCGCUAGUAAAAAUGUAAUGACAUUAGAAUAAUGAAAUCAAUAAUAUUUCAGUUAUGCAUUUUGUUAAGCAA